CCUCUUUGGAAAGGGGAAAAAUCCCACCGAAAGACAGAAGAGCCUUUAACUUCAAAAAGGUGAAGAGCGCUUAAUAUAACAGGCAGCAGCAGGAGUCGUACUUAAAUUAUAUGUUGAUCACAUCAGGUACUUCUCAUUUCCAAGCCCGCUCUGCGUCAUAUGCAUGUUUUAUGCAGAUGGUAUCUUAUUUCCUCGUGUUCAUCCGCCACACCUUGAAGUCCGGUCUGUGAAAUGUUGUCUAACGCGUAACCGGUCCAUGAGGCAAAAAAACCCUGCUGCUCGAUACAACUAUUAAUUAGAAUUCCUGAAACCAAGAGCCAUACUGGUUUUGUCAGUUUUAUUUACAGCGAAGCGACAACCUAGAAGUUGUUGCAUACUUUUUCCACAAACACAGUGAUCACAUACCAGACGGCAGCAGACUUCCUCAGGUUGAUGAAGAUGGCCGGAAGCAUCGUGAGCUGCUGUGUAGCUCUGCUUCUCGUUCUGACCUCCGUGUCAGCUGCACAGACGAAGCUUAAAUCAAUCACUGAUUUGAAGAAAAUCAACUUUGCUCAAUCUAUGCCCAAGCACAGUCUUUUGCUGCUCUACUGGUUUGCCAACGAAGUUGACAUUGACAACAACAACAUCGUAUCGCUGACCUUUGACCCAAACGCAGGGGAUUAUGGCUCACAUCAUUAUGGUAACUUUGAAAGACUGCUGGACCCGCUGCCUUGGGGAAACGUAUACUACACUAUUGGUAAUCUCAACCAAGAAACCUCCAUACCACUUCCUGCUUAUGUAGUCCUCCCCCCAGCAAGAGAGUACGUUGGAAGCAACAGGGACAGAAUCAUAGUUCGUGUGAGGGGGCAAAACACACGAGGGCUAGAUCUGCAGAGGAUAGAGCAGGUCUACAUCACACAGCAUUAUGACACUUCAGAGAACCUGGGAACCGCGUAUGAUCCGCAUCACACCUACAGGAUCACCACCAACUUCUUGAGGGAGAUCAGACAGUUUUCCGUUGGACAAAACCAACAGCAACUGUUGCAACUCAGAAACAACUUUGGAAGCAACGCUGACGUUUCCUCCAUCAGAAACACAUGGGGGGACCUCGCUGGCCUCGGACUGCUGCUGUUUAUCGUGAUCCACGAAAAGUACUCCUUCAAAAGUCCCAACAACAGACCCAAAACCACGAGAAGUCCUCAGAGCAAUGCUUCGAAAAGCAACACCAACAUCCCGAGAGGUAUUCGAAACCAAGAUUAUGUUGCAAUAAAUGUCCAUAGCGAUGAGGACCAAAAUCACAGCUGGGCGACUAGGAACAGAGGAUCAGGCUUUGACAAUAACUCACCUCCCUGGAACACACGGCAGAGAUGCAUUGACAUUUCUUGUAUUGCCACAAUAAUCAUACUUUUAUUGGGUGUUAUAUUAUUUGUUUUGUAUAAAACCAAAAUUAUAUGAGAAAACGUUAUGUAUUUUGUCAAUUAAUUAAUUUCUCUGCAGCAGUGUCAAUAUAAAAGGUGGAAUCUAAUUAAGGAAGUGAAAAUGAAAUCAUAAAAUUAAUAUUUGUGAAUUGUAUAAAUAUCCAGUAAAUUGAUUCAUUACAGGUCUGAACCAAAUGUAAAAUGCACUGAUAAAUAAAAGGCGUUUUUUUACUGCUUACACGUUACAUCUUAUUGAUUUGAUAUAGUAAUGAUCUUAAAUGUUUGAAAGGGAGUC